UGCUGUGUAUAAAAAGUGUGUUAUCAGCACAUGCAAACACACUCCGGGAGCACUGCAACAAUGGAAGCAUCUUCAGUCCUUCUUCUCAUGUGCAUUCUGGGGACAUGUUCAGUGUGGACGGUUCACGGUGCAAGUUUAGAGGUCAACAUUGAUGAUCAGGAACAUCAGCAGGUGGAUGUGGAUGUGGACAUCUCGGUGAGUAAGAGUCUUCCCGGUGUUUGCUGGGUGUGCAAGUGGACCUUAAACAAGGUGAAGAAAGCUUUGAGUCACAACGGCACUGCAGAGCGCGUGAAAGCUAAGUUGCUGUCCUGCUGCGAGGAAAUUGGCAUCUUAAAAUCUCUGUGUCGCCGUUUUGUGAAGAAACACCUGGGCGAGCUGAUCGAGGAGCUCACCACCACUGAUGAUGUGAAGACCAUCUGUGUCAACACUGGAGCCUGCAAACCCAAGGAGCUGUGGAGCCUGCGCUUCGUUGAAAUGGAGGACUCAUCAUCCGAAGCCAAUGAUUAUCCCUGAUGCGGUUUGCAUGCUGAAUAAAUUAUCUACUCAUUAGUUGCAAGAGAAACCACAAAUGUUUGCGGCAGGAACCAGCUGAAACUUUCUGUCUGUGCCUUCACUGUGUUACACUUUGUCUUGUACUUUCAUUUACUCUGCAGUAACUGUUGUGUUCAUUUCAAUAAAUGUUUGCAUUU